AUGCGCCUCCGCCACAUCCACCUCCCCUCUCGCUACUCCCACUGGCCGCCCUACUCCCUAGCCUGCCGCGUGCAAUCCUACCUGCGCCGGGCCCUCCUCGACUGGAAAGACAUCCCCUCUGUGGCCCCAUCCAAACCAGCCCCUCCUCCGGAUCCUAGCCCCGAAUCCGAAGAAGUCUCCCUGCCCCCGCCCCCAGACGGCCUCACCCCCGAAUCUGCUCCCGCCUGGGAGCAGCUCAUCACGUCCGCCGAAGAGGAAUACCGGUUAAAAGCACAACAGAAAGCAGAGCGUCUAAAGCCAAAGCCAAAACCUUGGCCUGAGGUGCAUGGCAAACCACCUCCCCCGCCGCCAACGGUGAUUUCCUUUACCCCAAGGCCGGUGUAUACACUCGGCAGGAGACAACACGACACGCCGUUAUCCUUGGACGAAGUCCAGAGACUUAAGCAGCCCCUAUUCUGCCCUCCAUGGACGGUUAAUCCAAAACAGCAUGGGAAUCCAGCCUGGGAGGUCCCAGACAUCGUGCGCGUGCCCCGCGGCGGGCUCAUGACGUACCACGGACCAGGACAGAUCGUGCUCUGGCCGGUGAUGGAUCUCAAGGGGCCUGGACACAGCCACUUCACUGUGCGGUGCUACGCCCGACUCUUAGAAAACACCACGAUCGGGCUGCUCAAGAAGCUGUGGGAUGUAGAAGCCAUCACGACCGAAGACCCCGGGGUGUGGGUUAAGUCUCCUCGCUUCGUCUCCGGCAGACCUCGCGUGGACGGUUCUCGCCCGGAACUAGCAAAAAUCGCUGCCUUAGGAGUCCACCUCCGACGGAAUGUCACCGGCCUGGGUACAGCCCUCAACGUCCGGUUCUGGUCGGCGCGAGAUAUCUCGCGGCACUUGCGCACCACUCUGAACCAGCAUCCUCCGUCAGACCAACCGGUCGACCUGAACCUGCUUUAUGACCCCUGGUCCCGCUUCACUCCCUGCGGACUCGAAAACAAAGCCGUCACCUCUCUCCGGGGAACGCUCUACCCGCCGGACACCAUCCGCGCCGGGUUGUUGAAGGGGGGUUAUGACACCGCCGCCGACCACGCCGAACGCAACGUCGCUAUCGCGUGGUGCGAUGAGUUCGCUAUGCGGAUUGGGCUGCCCGAUAUUAACGUGGAAACAGUCGACAUGCAAGAAGUCGUACGGAUGUUAGGGUUUUUAGUGGGCGAGGCUGAGGAGAAGCUAGAGAAGGGGGACUGGAUGGGGGCUGUGCCGGUUGAGGGGAUGGGCGAGGAGGGAUGGGAUGAGGAGAAAGUUAAGGAGAUGGUUGAACGGGAGAGGAGGUACGUGACAAGGUUUGAAGGGAUUUAUUUAGGGAGAGGGUGGCUGCCGGAUGAGGCGCCUAGGACGCCGAAAGUUAUGUAUAACUAG